GAGUCAUGGCCACACUGGCCAGCCACAAUCAAUCAGCUUUUAACAUACCAUCCAAAUUUCUACUAGAGUGAAGGUUCGCACAGACCUACGACCUGUUUGGUGGGUGCCACCAAUAAAGAGAGCAGCGAGCGGUGGCUGCGAUGCAAGUAGAUCUGAUUCCGUUGUAGCCUUCUUGUAGUGGCGGAAAUGGUGAACAGAGGGUCUUCCCAAAACAGGACUUUAGCUACCAGAUUUCUCCCACGAAAACCAUCGCCUUAUGUUCUCACACUUUACAUUAUUUCUCUUUUUGCUUUCUCCAUCUUCGUCUUUCUGUUCUAUACGAGGAGUAUCUUGGAGGAAGAUGAGCGAAAACCGCUUUUAUUUGGAGAAUUGCAAUCAGAGCAGAUUCUCGACGAAACACUUUGGGAUUCUCCUUUCGGCUAUGGAUUAGACCCAUGUGUCAAGCCUACUUCUAAAUAUAAAGCUGCCCAAAGAUCAGAGCACUAUAUAACUGUUCGAAGUAAUGGAGGACUAAAUCAAAUGCGCACUGGUAUAUCUGACAUGGUUGCUGUUGCCCGCAUCAUGAAUGCUACCCUAGUCAUUCCUCAACUAGAUAAGCGUUCAUUCUGGCAAGACUCUAGCACUUUUUCAGAUAUAUUUGAUGAGCUUCAUUUCAUUGAAGCCUUAAAAGGAGACAUCAGGGUUGUGAAGGAGCUCCCAAAGAAUUUGGAAACCAUUCCUCGGGCUCGGAAGCAUUUCACUUCCUGGUCUGGCAUGGGUUACUAUGAAGAGCGGACACAGUUAUGGAAGGAAUAUCAGGUAGUUCAUGUUGCAAAAUCAGAUUCUCGACUCGCAAACAAUGAUUUGCCUCUUGAUAUGCAGAGGUUGAGAUGCCGUGCUCUAUAUCAUGCACUCCGGUUCUCUCCCCCAAUUGAGAGCCUAGGAAAGAAGCUGGUGGAGCGGCUGAGAACACGAGGGGAAAGAUACAUAGCUCUUCAUCUGAGAUAUGAGAAAGACAUGCUGUCUUUUACUGGUUGUACUUAUGGUUUGACUGAUGCAGAAUCUAAAGAGCUGAGAAUUAUGAGGGAGACUACAAACCAUUGGAAGGUCAAAGCGAUAAACUCUACAGAACAGAGAAUUGGAGGCUUUUGUCCACUAACACCCAAGGAGGUUGGGAUAUUUCUUCGAGCUCUUGGUUAUCCUCAAUCAACAUUAAUUUAUAUUGCGGCUGGAGAAAUUUAUGGUGGUAAUACUCGCCUUUUGGAGCUAACGUCCAGCUUGCCAAACAUAGCUUUCAAGGAAACACUUGCAACCCAGGAAGAAUUGGAAGCAUUCACUAAUCAUGCAUCUCAAAAUGCAGCUCUUGAUUACAUUAUCUCUGUAGAGAGUGAUGUGUUUGUCCCAUCAUAUUCUGGUAAUAUGGCACGAGCUGUCGAGGGGCACCGUAGAUAUCUAGGCCACCGCAAGACAAUCACACCUGACAGGAAAGGACUUGUCGAAGUUUUCGAUAAGCUGGAAACUGGGGAGCUUAAAGAGGGAUCCGCAUUGUCUUUUCUUGUUCGCCAGAUGCAUGAGAACAGGCAAGGAGCUCCAAGGAAGAGAAGAGGUUCACUGCCAGGAAUUAAAGGCCGAGCACGUUUCAGGACUGAAGAAUCCUUUUAUGAAAAUCCAUACCCUGAAUGUAUAUGUAGUUCAAAAAGGCAGCAGCUUCAAAUGACAUGAUGCCCUGACUGUGCUAUUUUGAGUUCACGUAGCCUUUAAUUUAGGGAAUGUUUGGAAG